AUGUCUAAAAUUUUUGCUCUCUUAUUUUUCGUCUCCAUCGCAACUGUCGUCAAAAGCUAUACGUAUAUGAGAGGACAUCUUCUACAGCCAGAAGAUUCUGCAUGUGGAAAAUACGGAAUAUAUCAAUUUUGUGGAUCAGCGUGUUGGUCCCAAUGUAGCAGUUACAACCCCGACUCGGAAGAGUCUUGUCUCGCUGUGUGUGGCCCAGGUCGAUGCCAAUGCUACGAUGGUUAUAUAAUUGACGACGAGGCGGAUAAUAAAUGCGUUUUACCCCAAGACUGUAAGAGAAAUUCCACAAAUAAAAAAAAUCAUAAGAAAUCAUGAAAAAAUAGAAA